CAAAUGCACAAGAGAGUUGGUAACACUAAAAUUGUAACGCCAAGACUGAAGUCACCGGCCAUACUUUAGUUUGUUAUCAAUUUUUAUCGGACUUCGGAAGCAAAAAUUAUUGGUUAAAUGUUUACCUAACUAUCUUUUGAUGAGUAUUCAGAGGUGCUUGUUAAAGUGCCUAUUUGAAUCAAAGCUUUCGUGUAAAAGCGAUGGUUAGACUAAGAGUAAUUAUGUGUUAAAGUGAAAGUACACUAUAGUUACGAUGGCUCCGAGGAAAUCUAUUAAAAAAAGGAUUGUGGCUAAGAUUGUUACUGGAAAUAGACUACCGUGUGCCUUUUGCCAGUGUGAAGUAGACGAUGAGCUUACUUACGGAAAAUUAUACGCAAUAGGAGAAAUACAUUGUCAUUACUUUUGUGUGCUUCUGUCAUCAUGUUUGAUACAAAGAGGCAAAGAUGUAGACGGACUCUUUGGUUUUCUAUAUGAAGAUAUCCUUAAGGAAAUAGAGAGAGCUAAGAAACAUAAAUGUUCGUUCUGCAGCCGCCCUGGCGCUAACCUUGGCUGUUCAGUGGCACAAUGCAAGAAGCAGUUCCACCUGCCGUGCGGGAGGGAACGGAAUGCAGUGUCUAUGUUCUACGGGAAUUACAAAUCUUUCUGCCAAGUCCACGCCCCCAAACAGAAUAUACCGCCCGCAAUAAUGGAGAAUGCUAAACAGAGAAUGCGAAAAGACAACAGGAAUAAAAAGAAAAUAUCAAAUUUCAAGGAUUUGAAGGAGUUGUCCAUUUGUGAUGGAAAUGAAGUUACCGAUUCGGACACUCAGUCGGUGUGUGUAAUAUGCUAUGAAGUAGUGGAUGGGUAUCCAACUGUCAAUACUUUCUGGCCUCCAUGCUGUGCCAGGGAUGCAUGGUUCCAUAGGACUUGUUUACAGCGUAUGGCACUGAGUGCAGGGAUGCACUACUUAAAAUGUCCUCUUUGUAAUGAUAAGGAUAACUUCUACCAAGCAGUUGUGACCCAAGGAUAUUAUGUGCCUGACAGAGACGCGGCUUGGGAGUUAGAACAGAAUGCGUUCUCCGAAAUCUACGAACGUGAGGUGCCCUGCUCUGCAGCUGACUGCCAAUGCCCCAUGGGAAGGAACCACGAUGCUGAUAAUGGGUCGUGGUGUAUAAAGGUGUGCCUGCUAUGCGGCAGUAGCGGCGUUCACUGCGCGUGCGCCGGUAGCGCGAACAAACUGUACGUGUGUGGAGAUUGUACCCCCGCCGCGCCAGACUCCAUAGAGGAACUCGCCAACUGUAUUGAAGCAGUGAUAUCGCAAGAACAACGGCAGACAUCGUCUCGCAGCCGUCGCGGCCCCGUGAUGCCGUCCCGUAUGUCUUUACGUCGCACUAAAAGGAACACUUCGCAAAACAUGCCGUCGUGCUCGUCUUCAGCUGAUAUGGAAAUCAAGCAAGAAGUCAAAUGUGAACCCCAAACGAACACGGCUUUAGCUCGUCAAGAACUAAAUAUUAAACCACCGAAAAUACAAGAAACACACAUUCUAGAAAAUAUUCAUAAACAAAACACGGCGACGCAUGCAGACAAAGAAUCGCCGAAAAAAAUCGAUAAGGACACUUUCGAAUACAAAUAUGAAUCGCCAAUGAAAUUGUUGGAAGAAUCACUGAGAGUCAAAAUGAAGAAUUUGGGCGCGAAAAAUAUUAUUCUUGAUGAGAAAACCAUCGAGGGUUUAAGAAAGAAGUUUAAGAAACCAAAACCUUUGAGAGAGAAACGGAAAAUUGUUAAUGACAUCCUGAACGAAGUCUUCGACAAUUUACUCAAAGAACCGAAACAAAAAGAUCCAGUAAUACAAUGGAAUUCGCCGAAGAAAUACGAUACAACACCAGAAGUUAUUGAAAUAAUGGAGAAUACACCACCAUCAAUAUCAGACAAAGAAAACACUAAGACUCCCAUUAAGCAGGAAAUAAAAUCAGAAAGCCCAUUCACAACUCCAAAAAAACGUCCCGACGUGGAUUUGGCUACAGAAUACAAUAAAAACUUAGAAAUAACAUUCAAAUCACCGAAUAAACUGAAAACAGUUGACAUACUAAAGAAUUCCAGUUUAGAAAUCUCAGCGGAACAUGAAAUGGUAAAUGUUGAUGUGAUUAAAAUAGAAAAUAAUGAAAAUGAGGAUUUUAUAAAGAGUUUAGGUUUGAAAUCGCCAGAGAGAAGCCAGAAAUGCGCUUUCAAAUUCAGUCCUUACAACAAAGAGGUCUUAGAAAGCCAAAACGUUGAUAUAGAUGUCGAAAGUUUUAAAGAUAGAUACCUAAACGAGGUUGGUCUACAGAGGAUCAAAACAGAAAAUGUUACACUAGAAAAAUCAAUAAAAAAAACAACGAAAAAAAUCCGCAAAAGAAAACUAAACGAUGAAAUAGUUUUAAAACUUGAAUCUAAGAAACGCAAGAAGAAUCGUAAAGAUAUAUCUAUUAAGGACAAAAAUAUUAAGGUCAAAAUUCGUUGGCGCGAUGAAGAAUUAAAAGUUCAUAUAAAAGACACGAAGAAAAUUAAGAAGUCAAAGAAAUAUAGACAGUACGUGCUUGAAUGUUCGCCAGACAAUUGUUCGACUGUGAAACCGGAGAAAGAUAUUACACCAUUGAAAAGGAAAUAUAAAAAACAAGAGAAAUCACCCGAUAAUUUGAUACAAACAUCCAUUCAGAAGUUUUUUAAAGUCAAAUCUAAUGACUAAAUGUCAUUUUUCUUCUAAGAUUGUUAUAAAGUAGUUGUUUAGUCUAAGGCUACACUAAUCACGGUCUUUCCCUCCAACUAUAAACCGUAUUUACCGGGAAAUGAACAAAAAAAAAAUGAUAAUUGGGUAGUUUCCUAGGUCAAAAAUAAAUUAAU